CGUCAUUUCCGUUGGAAUAUUCCAGCGGAUUUAUCCUUGGGCUUUAAAAGGACACGCUGAAAAACCGACCGUAAAGUUGAAAGGUAAACGGCCUAUGUUAUGCAUGCAGUAGUCAGUGUAGUAACUCAAAAUACGGGAAGUCAGUGAAGGGACACAGAGAUCAACCGAGUGAUAAAGGGAAGAAAGAACCAACAAGCUCGUGCGCACGUACAGUCUCCGUCAUUGGAUUUAUCUAUACUUUGUAAACUUUGGAGUUCCUGUCAGCUGUGAGCCAGAGACAAUCAUGAUCCUGCUGUCUCCCUCCUCUGGUCUCUUCCAGUGUACCAACAAGCUAUUUCUGAGUGAUGGAGCCACGGGACUCCAGAUCAAAGAGUUUGCACGUAAGAAUGCAGCCAAUGCUCUGUCCGUUGGUAACAUGGUCAUGGGCAUGGCCUCCAUUCUCAGCAGUAUAAAUGGGCACCAUCAUGCUGCCUGUUGGCUGGUUCUGAUUGGCUACCUUCUGGAUUUGGCAGAUGGAGCAGUUGCCAGGCGACUCGGUGCCUGCUCUGCAUCGGGUGCGAAGCUUGAUGAUUUUGCUGACUUCACAACCUUUGGGAUUGCCACCGCAUUGCUCCUAAGGACAUCUGACCUGCUGGACAACAUCCUAUGCAUGUGUUACGUCCUGAUUGUGUUGUUCCGCCUGUGUUUCUUUCAAAGCGGGAUCCCAUUCGUGUUUCGCGGACUGCCCUGCACCUACUCCUCAGCCUUCCUGGCCAGUGCCUCUAUACUGUCAGGGGGGAAUCUGGCCAUGAGGCGGGUCGUUGCAGUGGCCAUGAUCCUCUUUAUGAUCAGCCAGAACUUCUACCCCCACGACAGAGUACUGGAGUCCCAGGCCUGGAAGAAAGCAGUCUUUGCUGGAGGAAUUGUCAUGGUGUUCUGCUCAUCAUUCCCCCCUGCAUGUGUGUACUAUCUGCUGUGGUCAGUCUCCUACAUUUUGUUCCCAACAUCCCUUUGGAGCAGUAAAGUGUAAAAUGGGUGCUGGCUUUGUCCAAAACUCCCAUGUAGGUUAGCCUCUAUGGCCCAUCUGGGUGAACUGAGGCUUCCAGACUGCUGCUGCUCCCUACUGCCAUGGAGGAUCCAAGCUGAAACAUGCUCAUGUUCCACAGGCGAACACUCGCUCUAUUUGACCUAUAUUUUGAUGUAACACCUCUAAAACAGAGCCCAGAUUCAAGAGAGUUAGAGUGAGGGAUGAGAAGUGCAUUUUAAUGUUACUAAAGUUUGGAUGAGCCUUCACGCUGUCUUUUGUCUGUGCUGCAUUUUCAGAUGUCAGAUGGCUUGUUCCACAAAUGUUCAUCAAGUUCAUCUCCCGUGUAAUCUCUCACUUCAAAAUUAACCAGUCUUUCGUCAAUGUUGUGAACACGCAGCAGUAGUGCCACUCAUUUUCUCACAAAAUAAUAGAAAAAAAUAUUUCAAACUAAAUAAUGACACUCUAAUUUGGUUAUUAAAAUAUGUAAUUGUCUAAUCACAAAGGAUCAUAACUCUUAUUAUGAUCGUAUUAUUUUACGAGAUUCAAAUUCCAUGUUAUUUCUUCUUUAUAACACAGGCGUUCAUACAGCACCAUCACCAAUUUUUUGUUGAAGGCAUUUCACUUUCACAGACAUGUGUUUUAGAUCAGGAUGUGGGUUUCCUUGUAAUCCACUUUUUCCAUUUUAGAAGGGUCUAAAGUCCAGUGACUUACAGUAAGAAACGUUCCAAUGUAAUGGUGCAGUCAUUCCUAAUAUUAGAUUUUUGCUGUUUGAAUGUUGGGUACACAUACAGCAGUUUUCUGCCUUGUGAUUCAAUGUGAAUGUACCCUUAAAGAGCAACAACACACAGGCUACCCUCGCUGCAAAUUCUGCCUCCACCUUAAAGGUGUUGUAACAUUGCACUACAUGACCUCUUCUAGUCAUGACGCAGCAUUGACACGUAAAACCAACGAGGAAGUUUCACAAUGUGUAAUUAUGCCUCCUUGCACUACGUGUGUGUGACAAAUGUUGAAAUUAUACAGUAAACCCAUAUUUAAUUUUGACCCACCCACAACUUUAGUUCAGUGAUUUUAAUGAUAGCUUUGAUGAUUUUAACCCUCUUCAUAAACAAUAUCAGAAGCUGGAAGAAACUUUUAUAUUAACAUUGUUUUAAAGCUUUAGAAAACUCACAAAAUACUAACACUGAGUUAUCUAAAUUAGUUUAUUUCCUAAAUCAAGAGAAUGAAACUAAAGCCCAUGUUUUCUGGUUCUGAUAUUGAUCUAAACCCAUAGCGGUGUUUGACCUGGUUACAAUAACCAAUGUUGAAGAAAUCUCAAGUGUAAAGUGCAGAGUAGGGCUGGGGCUAUAUGGCUGAAGUUUUUUAUUCCAAUAUAGGGCAUUUGAUACCCCCAUAAUGAUACAGUAUAUAUUACGAUAAAGGAUGUUUUCUGUUAAUUAAAAAAAUUGUCUAUGUGC